GUUAUGUGAGGGCACGUUCUGUCAAAUCAUUCCGGUCCGGUCACCACAUUCUGCCUGUUUCGAGAAGAUUUUUUCGGUGUUUUAUCGCUACAUUUUGCACAAUCGCGUAAAGGUGCACUGAGUUUAUCAAGAAAGAAGGUGCUGAUAAUUCAGUGUUGCAUUUAUUUAUUCUGUGAAGAACUUCGUGCCGGUCAAAGAUGUUGAAGAAUUUGCUCACGUCGAAAGCUAGUGCGCUGAUGGCACUGGGUACACAAUCUCGCUACUUCAGCAUGCAAUCCGUCAAGUAUUCCAAGCCCCGGACCGCCAUCGUGAUGCUGAACAUGGGCGGCCCCCAAAACACGGACCAGGUGCACGACUAUCUGCUCCGGAUUAUGACCGAUCGGGAUAUGAUUCAGCUGCCGGUUCAGAGCAAACUCGGACCGUGGAUCGCCAAGCGACGCACGCCAGAAGUUCAGAAGAAGUACGCCGAGAUCGGUGGCGGGUCCCCGAUCUUCAAGUGGACCAACCUGCAAGGCGAGUUGCUCUGCAAACAGCUUGACAAAGUGUCCCCCGAGACUGCACCCCACAAGCACUACGUUGCCUUCCGCUAUGUGACACCCCUCACCGAGGACACCCUCAUGCAGGUCGAGGCGGACCAGCCGGAACGGGUCGUCCUGUUCUCGCAGUACCCACAGUACAGUUGUGCCACCUCCGGGUCCAGCUUCAACGCCAUCUCCACGCACUACAAGACCAACACCAACGGCCUGUCCAACGCCAAGUGGAGCAUUAUCGACCGCUGGGGAACGCAUCCGCUGCUCGCGCGGACCUUCGCCGACAACAUCCGCAAGGAGCUGGAGAAAUUCCCCGCCGAGAAGCGCAAGGACGUGAUCAUCCUCUUCUCCGCCCAUUCCCUGCCGCUGCGAGCGGUCAACCGGGGCGAUGCGUACCCCUCGGAGGUCGGUGCCACCGUCCAGAACGUGAUGGGCGAGCUCAACUACUGCAACCCGUACUGCCUGGUGUGGCAGUCCAAGGUCGGUCCGCUGCCCUGGCUCGAACCGUUCACCGAGAACGCCAUCAAGGGCUACGUCAAACAAGGUAAGAAGAACUUUAUCCUGGUGCCGAUUGCGUUUGUCAACGAGCACAUUGAAACGCUGCACGAGCUGGACAUUGAGUACUGCCAGGAGUUGGCGCACGAGGUGGGUGCGGAGAAGAUUGGGCGGGCGGCCGCCCCGAAUGACCACCCGCUGUUUAUCGAGGCGAUGACGGAUGUGGUGAGCAGUCACCUGAAGAAUGGGAACAGGGUUAAUCCGAAGUUUUUGCUGCGUUGUCCGUCGUGCAUUAACGAAAAGUGCGGCACCAGUAAGCAGUGGUACAAGGAAAUGUGCAAUUAAGGGGCUGUGAGAAAAAGGGAAUUAAGUGCGGUUUAAUAAAGAUAUCAGGUUAAUUUGAA